CCAGUAUAUUCGUACAUAUCAAAAGAGUUUCGUCGAGUAUCAUCUCGAUAUACCCCCACUUUACUUUCUCUUCAUUAACUUUAUCUUUACUCGGACAUCUCAGCAAUUGCCACAAAGACUUACUGGCAUAUCCACAAGACGCAACCCAAAACAUAUUAUCUACCAUUCAUUUGUCUGGCAGAAAGAACAAAAUGGCGCAGUCUCAGCCCCAACAGAGCUCACCGUCGUCGCAUGUUGACAUCCUCACACUUGACAACAUCUUGACAAAGGUUCCCUCAUAUGACCCUGAGGCUACAAACCAACUGUUCUCACUCAUUGACUGUGGCAGCAAUGGAAUACGCUUCUCGGUCUCGAAUCUCUCACCAGGCUCAGCUCGCCUUCUCCCAUGCAUUCACCAGGAACGAGCCCCUAUCUCCCUCCUCGACUCGCUGAUGGAGGGGAAGGUCAUGUAUGGAGAAGAACGUUUCCCCCCUUCCACCAUCGAACUUGUUGCACAGACCAUGGCCAAGUUCUGCAGAACCGCCUAUGAGGGCCACAACGUCCCCAAGACCAACAUGUUCAUGUUUGCUACUGAGGCCAUGCGUCGGUCUACCAACUCCAGCGACAUGCUAGAAGCCAUUCACAAAGCCUGUCCCGACUUGAAGUGUCACAUUGCCGAGCCUGGUGUCGAGACGUUUCUGGGUGGCAUGGGCGCCCGUUCCGGCUCGUACAAAUUCCGAGGUCUUUGCGUUGAUCUCGGCGGUGGCAGUCUGCAGAUGAGCUGGUUCAACACAGACGAUGCUGUCCGCCGUGCUUCUGAGGUUCACCAAGGCGACGCUACAGAUUCUGACACCAACCCCAACAGACACUAUGGCAUUGCCGCUGCUCGUGCCGGUCAGAGUCUGCCUUUCGGAGCCGCUCGAGUCAUCCACAUCCUCAAGAACGAGCCAGUCGAGAUUAGAGAGGCUGAGAUGUCCAGCUACCGCGAAAAGCUUACUGCCGUCUUUGCCAACCUGUGCAAGACAUGGCCCGACCUUGCUACCGAUGUUGCCGAAGGCGGUCCGGGUGUUUGCAUGUACGUGUUUGGUGGUGGCCUCCGUGGUUACGGCAGCAUGCUCCACUUCAACGAUCCGGUGCACCCUUACCCUAUUGCUGGUGUGGGUUCCUACUUCGUCUCGGGCGCAUACUUUACAGAGACCAAGAGGAUGCUUGAAGUCAACAAUAAGCACAAGGGCAAGAUCCCCGGCAUGUCUUCUCGCCGCAGAGACCAGUUCGAGGCCAUCUGUGCAGUUGUUGAUGGAAUAUGUGCCGUGGUUCCCAAGAUCAAGCGGGUCACAUUCUGUGGUGGCGGCAACCGUGAGGGCGCCCUGAUGACAGUCCUCCCCGAAUCGAUCCGCGAGAGCAAUCCUCUCGCACUUUUGGGACGCGGCGAAACCCCUCCCAUUCUCGCUCAACCAGAAGCCGCCAGAACGUUUGUCCGGAUCCUGGAGGAAGCGCUGCCCGAGACAUUGACAAGGCAGAAGCUGGGCCCCUCCACUAUCGAAUCCCUCGGCCUGACUGAGCUAUUUAUCCGAAGCCUCUGGACCAAUCUCGACUCGCACGAGAAGAAGAAGCGCAGCGCCUCGGCAGCCAUGCACCAUGCUUUGGCUCGAGACCCCGACUCUCCCGGGCUGGGACAUCUCGAGCGCGCCGUCUUGGCCGUGACAAUGGUCGCCUACAGAGGAGGCGCUGUCCGCCGCUCCGACCAUUCGCUUUACGAGCGUCUCCGUGGCGUCGUCUCGGCAGCCGAUGACCCUUCCUCGUCGGACGUUGGCAAGAAGGACCACGGCCCAGAAGCCAGCCAAAGCCUCUUCUGGGCCGACUAUAUCGGCCGUGUCGCCGCCGCCAUGGUCAAGGCCACGGUUGCUUACCCUACCGACGUGCUCCAAGCCGGCGGACCCGUGCCCAUCAAAUUUGGCGCUGACGAGACUGGCAGCGGCGAGGACAGGCUCGUCGUGCUCAAGAUGGGUGUUGCCUUCCCACCGCAUGUCUCCAGCGACUUUAAGUUGGAUGAUCUCGUCGAGGGCUUCAAGGAUGUGGGCAAGCACCAGAAGCUUGGAAAUGUGAUUGCCACUGCACAUGAAGUCUCGAGCAACUAA